AUGACCUCCCAAGUGUCUGUCAACGCCGGCUGCUGGGCCGAGAGGUCAGGGGCAGCCGCGGGAGGGGCCCCUGGUGACAGACGAUGCAGGGACUGCCAGACACCUCAGGGGCGAGCGUGCUGCUGCUGCAGGAGCCAGGAAGGCCAGAUGGACAAGCCCAGCAGCUUCUGGGUGGAGGAUGAAAGGGAAUCCAACCGAGGCGUGAAGCGGCACAACCUAUGCAAGACUGCCAGCUGA